AGGCAUCUUCCCUAUCCGGAACUGCUCUCAAACUGCAACUCCCAGAGGUUCCCCGCGAUGGGAAAAGAAGCGGGGGGAACGAGAAAGAUUGUUGAUUGGUGGAGCGCUACAGACCCUUUUGAUUGGCAGUCGGAGCCAGCGCCGUGAGGCGGUUGUAGGUCCGGCUUCCCCGAGAUCCCGAAGAAAGCGAAAUGGAGGGGUCUGUGUCUAACCUAAUGGUGUGCAACCUGGCCUACAGUGGAAAGCUGGAGGAGUUGAAGGAGAGGAUCCUCGCUGAUAAAUCUCUGGCUACUAGAACUGACCAGGACAGCAGAACUGCACUGCAUUGGGCAUGCUCAGCAGGACAUACAGAAAUCGUUGAAUUCUUGCUGCAACUUGGAGUGUCAGUGAAUGAUAAAGAUGAUGCAGGUUGGUCUCCUCUUCAUAUUGCUGCUUCCGCUGGCCGGGAUGAGAUUGUAAAAGCCCUUCUGGGAAAAGGUGCUCAAGUGAAUGCUGUCAAUCAAAAUGGCUGUACUCCCCUGCAUUAUGCAGCUUCCAAAAAUAGGCAUGAGAUUGCUGUCAUGUUGCUGGAAGGCGGAGCUAAUCCAGAUGCUAAGGACCAUUUGGAGGCUACAGCAAUGCACCGGGCAGCAGCCAAGGGUAACUUGAAGAUGAUUCAUGUCCUUCUGUACUACAAAGCAUCCACAAAUAUCCAAGACACUGAGGGUAACACUCCUCUACACUUAGCCUGUGAUGAGGAAAGAGUGGAAGAAGCAAAGCUGCUGGUGUCCCAAGGAGCAAGCAUUUACAUUGAGAAUAAAGAAGAAAAGACACCCCUACAAGUGGCUAAAGGUGGCCUGGGUUUAAUACUCAAAAGAAUGGUGGAGGGUUAAGCAACUUGGAUUUAUUCUUUGUAUGUUUUGUGGUUUUUCUCAGUGUCCUGGAAACUAAAGUACUUGUGCACAAGACAUCAUCUAUGAAUGAUGUUUUCUCACCUUCAAAGUCUUAUAAACAUGUUGAAUAUUAUUCAUGCUGAGGGACUUGUUCUAAGCUUACAACUUGCUUUCCAGGCAUUGAAUAACUGUUGAAAUUGUUCUGCUGUUCGGUGUGUAUUAUUCUGUAUUGAAUCUUGGUUAAUUUUGAGUAAAUGAUUCUGUGGCUGUUGCGAGUCUUCAGUACCCUCCCACACACUCUCUAUCCCCCCUGAGGCAGAGCAACACCAAUAGCACCAGGCCAAUUAUUCCACCAAGUAUUUUUAGUUGGAUUCUAGAAUGGUCCUCCAUAAGUUGAAACACAUCCUAACUUGUUUUUCAAGCUUAGUCAGGCCUAUGCCAAAAUUUUCUGUUUUUUCAACUCUAAGGUGUAAUGUAUUUUUGUUAUAGGAGGAAUACUUACAUAUUUUUGUGGGCCAAAUUUUAAGUUGGAGAGCAUGUUAAUCCAAGUUUGGCAUUCAUAAACGCUAAAAUAACCAAAAUAAAAUAAAAUAAUAAAAAAUAAUAGUCCGUGUACCCAUGUAUCUUUUUAAUGAGCUAUCUUCCUCCAAAAUAAAACAGGAAGUUUUAAAAUACCUAUAUUAAACCAUCCUGUAUUAAAAAGAAUAUCAAGCUUAUUAAAAUAUGUGACACAAAAUAUAUUUUGAUUUGUAUUUCAGGAAAAAAAAGUUGAAAAAAUCUACUAAUUUUAUUUUUCAAGUAGUCAGAUACCCCUUUUAAGUUUUUUUUAUACUUCAUAAAGACAUCUCUCAGUUUUAGUAGCUAUAAAGUCAGUAAAAUUAGUGAAGCUUAGACUGCAGCUAGAUAAAAAUAGUAAUCUUCUGAAUUGCUAAUUAAGUCUGGAGCAAAGGAAAUUAAUAAGUGUAAACUUGAGCUCAAUUUAGGGAAGCAUCUUAAAUAAUUACUAGUCAUAAAAUCUAAUGAACUCCAAGUGACUCUUCAAAUUUUUUUUAAUUUGAAUUUCAUGCUGCAAAUAAUUGCUUGAAGUGAGCCUACAAAUUUGUAUUAAUUUUGGGUCAAAGACUUAAUGACCAGUAGCUAAAAUGAGUUUUGUAAACGUGAACUGUGUUGUUGCUAUACAGACCCUUUUUACAUAAAUAUUUUGAGUGCUAAUCUUUACAGAUAUUAAUCAGGGAAGCAUCUUUUUACGGAAUUAAACUGUAUUUAAUGCUGGGGAUAGAAUUGAUGGCAGGGGAAAUUAUUUCUAAUAUUUUUUAGCAUGAUCAGAAAAUAAAGUUGUGUCUAAUAGGACCUGCAGGACUGAAGACAUUUACCCUUCAUAAAUACAGAAUUUAUUGUCUGAGGUAAUAGGAUUUGUGGGUGUAGAAGAAAGUUCAUUCUCGUUCUUCAGUAAAUAGUACAGAUGGAACCAAGCCUCAGGUGGUCUGUAAGCUACUGACAUUUUAAACGAAAUGGCUUAUUUACAGUAUUUAAAUCACUGAUUUGUAAAGACUAAGGAUUCUAUGGCCUUGGGUACUGAUCAAAUUGUUACCUGUUCCCUAUAGGAAACUUGAUAGAGAUGAAGCUGAUUCAAGUUUAGCAAGUUUUACAGUUGCUUCCAGAAUGAACUAACAAGAUAGAUGAUAGUUGUAAUUGUAAAUCUUAGCUGAGAUAAGAUGGAAGAAAUAGGGCAACUGGAAACAUUCUUAGUAUCUAUUGUAGAGAAUCCACAACUUCAACGAGACUCUAUGAAAUUCAAGGUAGAUCUGUGUUUUACUACUUAAUCUGUGACUUUAUAGAAUUUAGCUGUCUGUAUGACCCGUGUUCUGUUUACCCAAUUUCUCAACUAUACCAGCUACAAUGAAUUUAUUUCUUGGCUCUACUGCAGCUUCCUGUUUCCAAGCUUUUGUAUAGUGUGGGGGUACCUUACUUUGGGGAUCUAUGGUUGCAUCUUUACGGUUCCAUGGAGUGUCUAAAAUUGAAUGCAGGAAUUUGUAUGUGCCUUUUUCUGGGGCAGGGGUUCAAUAGUUUCCAUCAAAUUGUCAAAGGAGUCUGACUGUCAAAAAGAUUAAGAAUCUUUGAUCAAGAGAAAAAAGAAUUCUGAAUCAAUUGUCAGGAGAUGUGGAUUCUACAUCAUAGUUCUACCCCACUUCACAGUUUACAAGUUUUUAGAAGGCAGAAAUCAUCUCCGUUUUAUAGAUGAGAAGACUCCAGAACUAGUUAAAGGAAACAGCCAGUACUAAUAUCUAGCUUUCCUGGACCCUAAUCCCUUUUCUUUUUGCCUCUCAACAACUGUGGACCAAAUGGAAGGUACUCUGGCAUUUUGAUAAUGACCCAUUAGUUUUAACACGCACUUUGGUGCUUUCAUCUUUAAAUUGGCUUGUGUGUGUGUGUUUUUUUUUUUUUGGUUUCCUGGAACCUUCAAUAUCAUCUAUGAAUUCUUGGUUUAAUUUUGUUUUUAAGCCACAACUUUGAAGAGAAGUGGAAUUGUUGAGUAUUGAUUGGUUUAGACCUGUUUUGAGGCCCUCAAACCUGUUUUCCUGCAUGUAUACAUUUAAAAAAUAACCUUUUGUCAGUAAAACGUGAGUUUUGUUUAAUUGAAAUUGGUAGUUUGGUGCAGUUGAAAGAGCAUUGCACUGGGAAUCAGGAAACUUGGGGUCUAGACUUUGUGUCAUCUCAGGCAGAUUAUUUUACGUCUCUUCAUUCAGAGCUUCUCCUCUGGGGGGCUAGGUAGGAAUAUAUAAAAAUGACCCUGAUUUUUUAAACUACAUUCACCCUUUCUUGCCUCCCCCACUUAUAAUGCUCAUCAUCUCCCACCUCCACCCCCAUCAGGUGUAGUAGGGUUGGAAAAAGUUGAAUAUUAUUGAUCUCAAAGCUCUCUUCUCGCUUUGAAAUUCUUAAUGAAGGUUCCUCAAAGCAGAUUUACCCAUAGGCCAAUGUAAUAGCUGCAAGCAUUAAUUUCUCAGCACAUAAUAUUGGAAGAAAAGGUCACCUGGUACUCUAAUGGCCACAAGAGUUAUCAAUAUACGUGGCUUCUUAGCUAUUGUCAUAAAUUACUAUAUCUUAGUACCUUUUUUUUUUAUCAUAGAUCACUAUAAUUUGGAAGCCUUACCUAGUACAAAUCCAGCUUUCCUCUGCGGUAACACGUUGAUAGCACGUAAGAACUAGUCAUAGUUAGCAAAGCUGCAUAAGGAUAAGGGCUAGCUCACUAUUCUAUCACCAGCACUAGCAACAGUGCCUAGCAGCCAUUUCAUGAAUGUCUGAUGGGUUACCGAAUAAACAAGUGAAUUUGGGGAGAAUAAGGGCCUUCAACCAAAAAGCCAUUCUGUUGACUUUAGCAUGUUAUACUUGCUAAAGCUGAAACAGAGAUGAGGGAAGGUUUUAGAAAUCCUUUUGGGUAUUGAGAAGUAAAUGGUUAAGAAGCCCAAAGCCAUUUGGGAUUUAGAUGGGGAUACCCAAUUAAAUUUUAACUCUUGUUGUAAUUCCUGUCUGAGUCAGGUCAAAUUUUAACUAACUAUGGCAAAAUCAGUCAGGUAAUGUGCUCUCUGAAUCACAAUUAUGCUCAACUAAUUAGAAUAUUUGGGUAAUGGUCUAUUCUAUUAUUUUCUGAUGCAGUAAUGGAUAAGAAAAAAAAUUGUUCUUUUCUAUCCAUUCCUGUCAAAUUCGUUGUGUUGAUUUCAGCUCAGCUUUCCAGGCUAUCAGGAUCAUUUUGAAUCAUGAUUCUGUCAGGCAGCAUAGUAGUCAUCCCCUCCAGAAACAAGUCAUCCAUAAAUUUAAGCGUGCCUUCUCUGUUUUUAUCUAAGUCACUGGUUCAUAAUGUUAGAGUCAGAAGACCUGUAAUUCACCUAAAACUGUGUGUGACACUAUGUGUAUAUAAGCUUUUAUCUGUGGACAGGGGUCCAGAGUUUUCAGCAGAUUCUCAAGGUGGUCCAUGACCCCAAAAAUGUUAAAGACCAUUAAUCUAACUCUUCAUCAGUAUUUUAAACAGAACGAUGCUAAUACGGACAGAGCUCUAAGAGAUCCCCCAAUAGUGCCUUCCUUCCUCCCUGAUCAGCACUGAUCCACCAGAAAUUUUUGAGUGUAGUGAUUGACUAUUAGAUGUUAGUCUCUUUACUUGUGAUUUGCCUCUAUCAUGAAAGUGGAAGGGAAAAACGCGUCCCAGCUACUUGGGCAUUCUAGUAAUUUAGAUGUUUUGUUUUUAAUUGCCAAGUAUAGUCAUUCUUAAGCCCUUCAUCAUUUUGUGUCCUAGAUUUUACAGGAUUACAUCAGACAUCAUAUAUCAUAGUAUUGUAUUUAGUCUAUGAAUGGAAUUACAGAUGCUUCAAAAAUCCCUGGUUGAACAUAGAAACAGCAAAGAAAAUACAUAAGUAAAAGCUUGCUGUCUCUUCUCUCCAUGACCCUGGACAAAUGUAGUGUUAAUUUCAAUUUCAGCCCACCUUAAAACCUACGAAGACUCUACCUCAAUCACUGUAUUUUAAAAGCUUUCCAAUAUGAUCCAUAUAUAAAGGGGGUCCCAGUUUAAGAAAACCCUUUACCUGAAACUCUGGAUGUGGUAAAUCAGAGAUCCAUUACUUCAUUUAAAAAUGAUUCACCUUAAAAGCCAGUCACAAAAAAGUACAUACUGUAUGAUUCCAUUCGUGUAAAAGCCAAAAAUAAACAAAUAAAAAGGCAAAGCUAGUGAUGGAAAGCAGAUCAGUGGUUGCCGAAGUCCAGGGUGAUGGUGGGAUUGACUGCACAGAGGGGUACAAGGGAACAUUUGGGGAUGCUAGAAAUGUUCUGUUUCCAGAUUGUUGUGGUGGUUUCAAGGGUACAGACAUCUGUCAAAACUCAUUAAGUUGUACUUUUGAAAUGGAUGCAGUUGCCUGUACAUGACUUAUACCUCAAUAAAGUUGUUUAUAAAAGGGUUCAA